CUGCAAUGUGUCUCCAAUCUCUUUCUUGUUCCUAAUCUCUGUCGGCAUAUUCUAAUAAUUCGAUAAUGUCUGGUUCCUUUCUGCGUAGACAUGAUCCUGCACUGCCCAUUUCCGAUUUUUCUGUCUUUUUUGGCUCCCUUGGUCACCAAAGUUUGAAACAUUGGCCCCAAUUGUUUUAGUUGGUGAAUUGGGUGCUUGAAAAUCUUAAUGCAUAUUCUCCUUGCUCUUUAUGAAUCAAUCAAUAAGCAAAUCAGAGUUUGUUGUGUCAAGUUUGCUCUUGUAGCUAGGUAGUGCCACUGGCAAUUGUUGCAAGUUUUUCUUCGCAAUUAUGAGUUUUGUUUUCAGAGGGAGUAGGGGAGAUAUUGAAAGUGGUUUUCCAGAUUAUGUUCCUGAAAGAUCCUUAAUGCGUAUUCAUCCGGCUCGACCAAUUAGUAGCAAUUCUCUGGCUUUUCUUACCACAGUUAUUGUGUUAUUCAUGCUGCUGAACUCUCCUCAGAUGGCACAUUAUUUUAUGUUAUGGCUUGUGCUUGCUGUUUUUGCGAUGGCUACAAGCUUGAGGAUGUACACAGCUUGUCAGCAUCUUCAAGCUCAGGCCAGGGCUCAUGCAGCAGCAGCAACUGGAUUGCUUAGCCAGACCGAAUUAUGGCUUCAUGUGCCACCAUCCAUAGCAAUUGCAACUAGAGGACAAUUGCAGGGGCUUAGGCUUCAGCUUGCACUACUUGAUCGUGAAUUCGAUGAACUAGGGGUAGAUUAUGAUGCUUUGAGAGCUCUUGACUCUGAUACUGCUUCGACUACUACUUCCAUGACUGAGGAAGAGAUAAACGCCUUACCUGUUCACAACUAUAAAGUUGCAGUUCCAACAAAGGAUUGCUCAGCAGGGUUGGGAUCCUCUUCGGGUGCUGCUGAGAAUAAGCAAGCCUGCGAAGGAGCCGAGGGAAAUAACCAAGGCCCGGAAGAUGAGCUAACAUGUACCAUAUGCUUGGACCAAGUUAACCGUGGCGAACUAGUCCGUAGCCUGCCAUGCUUGCAUCAGUUUCAUGCCAACUGCAUUGAUCCAUGGCUCCGGCAGCGAGGAACAUGUCCGGUGUGCAAAUUUAAGAUGGGUUCGGAAUGGCGAGGAAACAGGGAGACCGAGACUGAUUCCGACGGUUCAGAUAUUGCUUAGUAUUCUUCCAAUCAACAUAUAGCUGUAAAAUGCAUGAUGUGUGUAUAUCAAGUUCAUCCGUUCAAGUAUAUAGCAAAAUAAAACAAUAUGAUGUGAUGUCUUUACCUUGAACUUGUUCUUACUCCUUAGGAUAACAAUAUUAUGAAUCAAAUCCAUGUUUGGUCAUAAUCACAUUAGGGAAGCUGGUUUGUCUUGGACGCUACAUGCUCUCCAUCCUUUGCCAUAUGCAAAAAUACAAAAGUGAUUCAGCAAUUACAUUAUUAUUUUUAUUAUUAUGUCA